AAAACGCGAUGGUAGAAGACGCGCUCGCUACCAUAAAGAAGGAACCUAGAUCUUGGUUUUGCUUUAAAUGGCCGGUAAUUAUGGUCGUGAAUUUCCAGCUAAGAAUGGCAAGAACGAUUAUCAUUCUCUCUCUUUUACUAAGAUUGGCAUCUCUUGCUUGUGCGCGCGCUCGAGCGCGUCUUCUUCACGCUGAGGCCUUGUGGGUGUCGCUGGAAAAGUUGCUUGCCAACUGAAAAAUUAUUGCCCCCCAAAAAUAAAUGCGCAACUCCCUCCUCUCAGGGACUGUCUUUGUGUUUGCAUCCAUUCCUGGCCAUCUUGAUCUUAAUCAUGCCAGCUUUUGAUUGUUGGUUCCAUCCAUUGGUCUUCUUCCCUUUGAUCCUUCAUUUCAGGGUUUGAGGAAACGAAGGAUUUGUAUUGAUUGAUGAGCGCUAUUCGGGGGUUGGUGAGUGUUAUUGAGGGGUGAGCAGGAUUCAUUCCGUGGUUAGAGAGAGAGAGGAUGUCGUUCAAAUACUGGGACGAUUGCGUGGAUGCUGACGACAUGGAGGAAAUGUGGAUGGAUACCCGCGUCAGUGACGAGUGGAUUAGCGUCGGGGAGACCAAAGGUCGCAAGGUCCACCUCUCCAGGGACCCCGACGGCCAAGUUUACCUCACACAGACCGAGAUGAAGGCUGUUGCCGGUAUUAUUGUUCGUAGGCAUUUUAGUUCUCAUGUUGAUACAGAUAUGAUCUGUGCUAUAUCUGAAAUAGGGAGUAGUAGGCAGCCUCUUGCAGAAAGCUAUGAUCGGAAAACAAAGAAUGUCAGUAUUGGACUUAUGGGAAUCCUACCAGCUACUGCAGAAUGGAUCUUUAAGGACUUGGGCUUCAGAGCAUAUGAUAUUGAGGGGAAGCCUGACAUGCUAUACAGGCCAUUUGUAAAUGUUUAUAUUGGUGCUGCUUACCUAAAUUGGCUAUCAGGUUAUAAUGGAAAGGAAAGAUGUGAGGAAUUUGUUGUUAGGGCAUUUAUUGGUGGACCCAAAAAAGCUUCACAUAAAUCAACUUCUGGUUAUUGGAAACGAUAUCUCUCUGUGAAAGAGAAUCUGCAAAUUAAGAGUGAAACCCAGCUCCUGGAGUUCCAUUCCGCGACAAAUGAUGUUCAAAGAUCUCUUGUACCAGCUUCAUCGAAGGCAGGUGAUGAAUGGGCAUAUUGGGACUCAAAGGCGUCCAAGGAAGAUAUGGAAGAACUAUGGAGAUGUCCUGAGGUCUUAAAGGAGUGGGAAAAAUCUGGAGAAAGGAGAGGCAGUGUGCGUUUCUCACUUGACUCGAACAAGAGGCCAUAUCUUUCUCGGGUGGAGGUGAAGGCUGUUGCAGAUAUUACAAUCUCAAGGCAUUUUGCUUCCAGAGGAUUAAGAUCGGAAUUUUUAUCUGCCCUUGCUGAACUUAGUAGCAUGAGGUUUCUCCAUGGUAUGGACUCAAAAUCUGGAAUCAUGGGCAUCGGCUACCCAACUGCCCUUUGGCUAUACAAUGAUGUAGGUUAUAAGGCACGAAUAAUUAGGUCGGCGGAGGACCUAUCCAUGCCGUUUGUCUCAAUGUAUUUUGGUGCUGCAUACGUAUUAUGGCUAUCACAGUAUGAAGGAAGGGAAAGAACUCAUGAGUUCAUUGUUCAAGCAUACCUUCGUGGGCCAGAGAACGUUAAUGUUCAGGAGACAGGCCCACUUUGGCUCAAGUUUCAGGAGUUGUUGCCUUAUUAUACUGACAAGCAUCAUGGCAGCUGCACGAUUUCAUGAUAUCUACGUGUACUUGUUUGACCUAUAACUCAUUAUCUCAGUCGAAUCAGUUCUAUUUGGGAGUCUCAAUCUGGUCCAUGGUUGGUAGAUGUGGCCUCUGUUCUAAGCGAACGUGGACAUGGCAAACAGGUUUUUAACUAAAGAGUGACAUCAUUGUAAAGAUAUUUUUCUUUGAACGGCAUGUGGUAAGCCCUUGUAUAGAAACUUGAGACCACUUCCACUUUUAUGGGUGAUGACCUGGUGAAUUUAUCUUCAAGCUGAUACUGGGAUUUCACCUUUGUUGUUUCUCAAAAAUGUUUUCCGCUGUGAUUCUUUACAGUAGGAUGAUACGAUAUGUAACUAAAAAUUGUAUAACGGUGUAACUAUUGCACAUUAGUUGUGUGAACAGAAUGACAUAAAAGUAAAUGCAGAGUAGUACAGCAUUUUGUUAA